GGGUUUCCUGGCGGCGGGCGCGGGUAGGUCCGUGAGGACUAGGGGACGGAGUGCCGCCCGUGUCCGCAGCGGCUGCCCCGCCGGGCAUGGCCAGCCGGCUCGGCCGCGGGAUGCUGCGGGGCAGGCGGGGCCGGGGCUGCGGCGGGGGGGCCGCGCUGCUGGCCCUGGCGCUGCUGGCCGCCCUGGCUUUCCUCGCCUGGCGCCGCGUCCCGCCGCCCCGCCGCGCCCCGCCGGCCCCCGGCGACGCCGAGCAGCUGCGGAGGGCGGUGUACGAGAGACCCGCGGCGGAGCCCGCGGCGCUGGGCGAGCUGGGCCGGGCGGUGCGGCUGGAGCUGAGCCCGGCCGAGAGGCGCCGCCAGGAGGAGAGCAUCCGCCGGCACCAGAUCAACAUCUACCUGAGCGACCGCAUCUCCCUGCACCGCCGCCUGCCCGAGCGCUGGCACCCGCUAUGCAGAGAGAAGAAGUAUGAUUACUAUAGCCUGCCAAAAACCUCCGUUGUGAUAGCAUUUUAUAAUGAGGCUUGGUCAACACUUCUGCGAACUGUUCACAGUGUUCUUGAGACAUCCCCAGAUAUACUUUUGGAAGAAAUUAUCCUUGUAGAUGAUUACAGUGACAAAGAACAUUUAAAGGAGUCUUUGGAAAACUAUGUGGCUGGCUUACGCAAGGUGCGUCUUAUCCGUGCAAAUAAGCGAGAGGGGCUGGUUCGAGCCCGGCUGCUUGGGGCAUCUGUGGCAAAAGGAGCUGUUUUGACGUUCCUGGACUGCCAUUGUGAAUGCCACGAGGGCUGGUUGGAGCCACUGCUGGCAAGGAUUGCAGAAGAAGAAUCAGCUGUCGUCUGCCCUGUUAUUGAUGUUAUUGACUGGAAUACAUUUGAGUACCUGGGAAAUGCUGGUGAGCCACAGAUUGGUGGAUUUGACUGGAGACUGGUCUUCACUUGGCAUACUAUCCCUGAAAGAGAACAAAAACGGAGGAAGUCCAAGACUGAUGUGAUCAGGUCUCCAACCAUGGCAGGUGGAUUGUUCUCUGUGAGCAAGAAGUAUUUUGAUUAUCUUGGUUCAUAUGACACAGGAAUGGAAGUCUGGGGAGGAGAAAACCUUGAAUUCUCAUUUAGGAUAUGGCAGUGUGGAGGAAGUCUUGAGAUCCACCCUUGCUCACAUGUAGGUCACGUUUUCCCCAAGCAAGCUCCAUACUCACGGUCCAAAGCUCUGGCAAAUAGUGUGCGUGCAGCUGAAGUGUGGAUGGAUGAAUAUAAAGAAAUUUAUUACCACCGAAAUCCACAUGCUCGCCUGGAACCAUAUGGAGAUGUGACAGAAAGGAGACUCCUUCGAGAGAAGCUGAAAUGUAAGGACUUCAAAUGGUUCUUGGAGAACGUGUACCCAGAACUUCAUGUACCAGAGGAUAGAUCAGGCUUCUUUGGAAUGCUGAAGAAUAGAGGGAUGGCCACCUUCUGUUUUGAUUAUAACCCUACAAAUGAACAUCAAGUAACUGGACAAAGGAUCAUACUGUACCCAUGUCAUGGCAUGGGGCAAAAUCAGUUUUUUGAGUACACAUCCCAUAAUGAAAUACGCUACAACACCCGUCAGCCAGAAGUCUGUGCAGCAGUUGAUUCAGGGACCGACUACUUGACAAUGUACUUGUGUCAAGAAGAUGUCAAAAGUAUUCCUGAAAACCAGAAGUUUGUUUUCAGAGAGAGCAGCUGUUUCUUCUCCUCUGCAAAACAUCUCUCUUGAUCCUCCCCAUGAGCAUCAAAAGUGCUCCCUGAGCUUUUCUGCCGUGUAAUGCACAGUGGUAUAAUUUGAUGCAUCAUCAAAAAAUACCUUCUGCGCUACUCCUGCCCCUGCACACGACACAUCUUGCUGGAUAUGGGGACUCAGCAGAUCUGUACCUCUCUUCUUCAGCCUUAAUGCCUACUCCCAAAGGGGAGAAAUACUGGGAAGUAUGGAGUAUGUUAAUAAACAUAACGUGAUCUUUGAAAACCUUGUAUUUAGUAGUUUUUAAUCUCUGAAGGAGUUCCUGGCUGCCUGAGAAAAAAUAAAUGGGAUGAAAAAUGAUGGCCUUGGUCAGGUUCUAGUGUGUUAUUAUUUGGCUAAGGAAAAGGUCACAUAAUAUAUCAAAAUGGUAUAUUUACAUAAUGUAUCUGCAUAAUGCAUCUAAAUUCUACAGGCUCCAUGGUUGACAAAUGUCAUGCUUAAAUACUACCACCAGUGAUAGGAGGCAGAGUAAAUUCUAAAGAAAAAUAUGAAAACUAUAGUCCAUUCACUAAAUCUAGUCCAGACUAAAGCUCAAAAUGAUAUUGCUGCGCAAAGGAAAAUAUUUAAAAGGCUGACUUUAUAAAUGAUGUUUCAUUUUUAAUACUGACUUCUAAAAAAAAAUUUUCAAGGUCAUAUGCAUUAAUCCCAAAUAUGACACACAUUGAGUGAACCUCAGUCACUUUGGGAAAUAACUGAGAAAAUACAGUUUUGGAAGACAUCUGUUUCCACUAGAUUCCUAACCAUUAACUUUUAAAAUAAUUCCCAAAGUUUCAGAUGCUAAAUCCUCUUUUUCUCAUUUGUGCCUGUAUGUGAUUUGAACGUACUGAUUACUUUGAUUCCUUCUCUUCUUUUGCAUUAAAUCAAAAUCACCAGUCCCCAUCUUUCAAGGCAAGUGAUGGGUGAGGUGUCAGUACUACAUUUCUCUUGCUUUGUGCAGAGAAGUGUCAGACGCUGGAAAAGGUCCCCUUAUAGAUGUACCAUAAUCAAAAGACUUGGAACAGCCUUCCCAGCAGCCUGGAAAGAAUUAAAUUCUUAUGGGCACCAGGUCAAAAAUGAGUGAGGCAGAAUAUUGAUUAUUCCACUCAAAAAUUUGAAUUAUCACAGAUGUAAACAGGAAAGUCAUUCAGCAGCUAUGCUUGUCAGCGAACCCAUGAGCAAGCACACACCGCUGGGCAUCAGGGACUGUGGCUUGAGGCGCAAUUAGUGCGGCACUCCUGACAAGGGAAGAGCAGACUUUCAGAGGAUUUCAGAGGAUUAUGCUGAGAAGCAGAGUGUUGGCAUUUUUCUUUUGAAGCCAUCAAAGGCUUUGGAAUGGUUACAUGUGGGAAUGUCACCUGGGCCAAAGGAAGGAUCUUCUAGUAGGGCAGUUCUCCAUUGCUGCCUAUGCCACCAUUUUUGCGGUGUGUUAUCCUAGUUGACAGCACUCCCAGAUUGGAGCAAGCUACAUGAACUGGAGAUGAAAUGUUCCUGGAGACUUGUAAUAGGAGGCCUUGAGGCCUCAAAAUAUGUUUUCUGGGGCAUCUGAUCGUGGAGGCCUGUCAGACCUUACACCUCUGAGGCAGAUGGGCUGCCCUCCAGCAAAGUGAGUGAACGUCACACAUCUGCAGGCAAGGGGUAUACUUAAGAUUAUUUUGUCUUUGCCAAUAAAAAUAUAUUCUGUGAAGAAAGAGGAUUUUUUUUUUUUUUGCUAAAAAUAUAAUGAACAUCUGCACUUAACUAGCAGCAUUUACAUUUUACUUAUAAGAUGUGCAAUAAGUUAGUGAAUUUGGGUAAUGCCUGUACUUAGCUUUGAUUUUCUCUGCCCAUAUUCUAGUGCAGUAACAAAAGGCAAUGAAAGUGAAUGAAGUUAGCACAUCCUUUACAGGCACAAAUUACUCUGAAACGAUAUCAAUAUAAGUUUAAAGGCAGCGUCUUUUGAUAAAGUUUCAGACAUAUUCAAGUUAGGCAUUUUGGCUUCACUGCAUGGCCCCAGGAGAAGGAUAUGUGUGAUACUUAUUAUGAAUGUCUUCUGUUACUUUUAAAACACAGUGGUAUGCCUGUAAUUGUUAAGACUUGAAAUGCAAAAACUAUUUCUCCC